AUGACUCCACAUCGAGAGUGGUUUAAGACUUAUAAGCCAUGCAAAGUCCCUGUUCGUCUUGCAGACAACAAUGUGAUAUAUGCAGCUGGUAUUGGGUCCAUUGUCUUUACUCCCAUAAUUGAUGGAGUUCCUCUACGCCAACUCGAGUUCUCAGGUGUCCUCCAUGUCCCUUUACUGGCCAACAACCUUCUCUCAGUUCUCACCUUGACCAAGAAGAAAAACUGGGAAGUUAACAUUAGGAAAUCGACCAUGAACUUUAUGCUGAACUCUCAGGUACACUUCCAAGCAUCAGUUUCAGAUGAUAACACUGCAUUGCUGGAUGGUGCUACUGUGGUUCAAGCAGCUCUCAGGACCACUUCCUCCUUCUCUCCUGAUCUCUGGGAUCGUUGUUUUUGCCAUAUUGGUCGAACUCGGCUCAAACAACUGUUGUACCCAGACCUGAACAUUGGAACAUUCCCCACCUCCCCUCUUCCUGACAUUUGUGAACACUGCCUAGCAGGCAAGCAACAUUGCUUCCCUUUUCCCCAGACUGCCUCAAAUCGUCAUAAACAGCCUUUGGAACUUGUACACUCAGAU